AUGGAUAUACUGGACACCACUUCCAACCAACAAUAUGGACUACAAAAAAGUCAUAGACGUAAACUGGAGAACUACGCAUUUAACGUGUUGGCGAUUGUGAUCCUUUCUCGGAGACAAUGCGGCCUCACUAAGUGUAUCACUCAGUACCUGAUAGCAAUGGCGACAGCAGAUUUCCUCGUUGUUAUCGCUGAUGUGAUGUUGAGGUGGCUUAUUAUGUAUUUCCCAGUAUCUUUCCUGGAUAUUACUCAUGUCUGUAGUUUUGUUAUGGUGCUCAUUCCUGCAACCACAAUACAUUCCGUCUGGAUGACUGUUGCUUUCACCAUUGAUCGAUUUGUGGCUAUUUGCUGUCCAAAGCUGAAAACCAAAUACUGCACUGAAAAAACUGCAUCUGUGAUUAUUGGAACAACGAGUGUGAAAUUGGCUGUAACGCGAUUGAUGAAUAGUGGAUACUGUUUGGGUAACGCAAACAUUCUGCUGUACAGAUAUUCCUUCAGAUUAUGCUUGGAUGUUCUGAAGGAAAACUCGAAAAAGCAACUUGUGUUUGUCAGCUUUGAGUGGGUUAACUUGAUGGCAAUCACAAUCCUAUCUCGCAGAACCUGUGGACUCUCCAAAUGUGUCAAUCGUUACUUGGUGGCCAUGGCUGCAGCAGAUCUUCUGGUUGUCAUCACCGAUGUAAUGUUGAGAUGGUUUAUCAUUUACUUUCCAGUUUCCUUCCUGGAUAUUACUUUUGUAUGUAGUUUGGUAGAAGUGCUUAUGUUUGCCACCACAGUGUGUUCAGUAUGGCUCACGGUUGCUUUCACCUUUGAUCGAUUUGUGGCUAUUUGUUGUAAGAAGCUAAGAACAAAAUACUGCACUGAGAAAAUGGCACUAGUGGUUAUUGGAACAGUGAGUGUGCUGGUCUGUUUGGAAAGCAUUCCCUGGUUCUUCAAGUACAGAGCUAAAUACACCUUCAAUAACCUGGAGUGGUUUUGCAUCAAAAAAGCAGAAUAUUACACUUCAAUCUUCUGGACUGUAUAUGUACUUCUCCAUCGCUUUCUAACUCCAUUAGUUCCAUUUCUUUUGAUUGUUCUCUUUAACAUUCUGACAGUCAGACACAUCUUCAUGGCAAGUAAAGCCCGCAGGAGACUCUGGAUGGAAACUGAGAGGGAGGGUCCCAGUGACCCAGAGAUGGAAAGGCGCAGAAAGUCUGUCAUUUUACUCUUUUCUAUCUCAGGCAGUUUCAUCCUGUUAUGGAUGACUAAUGUUACAUGUUUCAUCCAUCAGCGAAUUGCAUUUGUGUAUGGUUCAUCUCCACCUUCACCCACUAUGGGUACAAUUGGAUACCUGCUCCAGCUCCUCAGUACCUGCACAAACACUUGCAUCUACACAGUGACCCAGAGUCAGUUCCGAGAGCAGUUAAAAACAGUUGUCAAAUAUCCUUUCAGUUUGAUUCUCAAAGCUAUCAAACUAUGA